AUGUAUAAUCCCACUACCGGCUCCAGCCUCUCCACCCUCGACACCCCCUCCAUGCUGGUCGACCUCGACCUAAUGGAAGCCAACAUCACCAACCUCUUCACCACCCUCCUCCCAACAGGCCGCAGCAUCCGCCCCCACCUCAAAACCACAAAAAGCGCCAUCCUCGCCCGGCGCCUCGUCGCCGCUGGCGCAAAGGGGUGCUGCGUCGCCAAAGUCUCCGAAGCCGAAGCCAUCACCGCAGCCGGCUUCGACGAUAUCCUGAUCACCUGUGAGAUUGUCGGGAAGCCCAAGGUCGCGCGGCUUGUGGAGUUAUUCAAGAAACAUCGCGCGGUCAGGAUUGUCGUGGAUAGCGAGGUUGGGGCGUCUGGAAUUGAGAACGCGCUGGCGGAAUCGGGGAUUGAAGGGAGGAUUGAUGUUCUGGUGGAUUUGGAUGUUGGGUUGAAUCGUACCGGUGUGGCUCCCGGGGCGGCGCUGGCGCUUGCGAAGCAUAUCGCUACUCUUCCGCAUCUGCGUUUGAUCGGGGUUCAGGGGUAUGAAGGGCAUUUGCAGCAUCUUCAUGAUCGGGACGACCGGCGGGCGCAGUGUCUUGAGUCGAUGCGGAUUCUUACGAGUACUGCGGAGAAGCUACGCAACGCGGGGUUCAAUAUCGAGGUUGUUACGACGGGGGGGACAGGGACGGCGGAGUUCUGCGCGACAGUUCCUGGAGUUACGGAGCUGCAGCCCGGCUCGUUCAUUUUCAUGGAUACGGACUACCGGAAUGCAGUGGGGUCGUUCUAUUCGAAUAGUUUGACGAUUCUGGCUACGGUUGUUAGUCGGCAGGGCGAGCGGAAGGUUACGAUUGAUGCUGGGUUGAAGUCUCUCACCACGGAUAGUGGGUUGGCGGAGUGUAAGGAUCGGAGGUAUAAGCAUGAGAAUCUGGGUGAUGAGCAUGGGGCGUUGACUUGGGAGGAGGGGACUCCUGCGUUGAGUGUUGGUGACAGGGUUGAGAUGGUUCCCAGCCAUAUUGACCCGACUAUCAACCUGCAUGACUUUUACUAUGCUCAUCGGAAGGGUGUUAUUGAGGAGAUCUGGCCGGUUGAUUCGAGGGGACGGGUGCAGUAG